CACACACACACACACACACACUCUCUCUCUCAGUGAAUGUCUGAGCUCUCACACACAUCCACAUCAUCUGAUCGGACCGGACUCGAGUGUUUCUCACGGUGGAGAUGACGGCGUCGCCACGGUGACUCUAUCGGCUCUGUGAUUGGCUGGUUCUGCUUGUGUUGUCAUGGCGAAGAGUCCAGAGGUGAAGCUGGCCGUGUUCGGCAGAGCAGGAGUGGGGAAGUCAGCUCUGGUGGUUCGGUUCCUGACGAAGCGUUUCAUCUGGGAGUACGACCCUACGCUCGAGUCCACCUACCGCCAUCAGGCCGUUAUUGACGACGAGACGGUCAGCAUGGAGAUUCUGGACACAGCCGGACAGGAGGACGUCCUGCAGAAGGAGGGUCACAUGCGCUGGGGCGACGGCUUCAUCCUGGUCUACGACAUCACAGACCGCGGGAGCUUCGAGGACGUGGCUCCCCUGAAGGGCCUCCUGGAUGAGGUCAAGCGGCCCAAACACGUGCCGCUGGUGCUGCUGGGAAACAAGGCGGAUCUGGAGCACGGCCGGCAGGUGGCCACGGAGGAGGGCGAGCGUCUGGCGGCCGACAUGGCCUGCGCCUUCUACGAGUGCUCGGCGUGCACGGAUCAGGUGGGCACGGGCGGCGGCGUGGCCGAGGCGUUUCACGAGCUCUGCAGGGAGAUCCGCCGCAGACGAGCCGUUCAGGGCAAGACCCGCCGCCGCAGCUCCACCACACACGUCAAACAGGCCAUCAACAAGAUGCUGACCAAGAUCAGCAGCUAAAACACCAGCUGCAAAACAUCAGCUUCGUCCUCAAUGUCUAAACAUUCUUAAAUCAAGAGACAUUUACUGCUUAAAACUUGAACUCAUCUCUGACAACAGAGUCAGAGAAAUAACACCUACAGUGAUUCAUUAGUUAAACUGAGCUUGAAUGAAUCAAGUGAAUCAAUCAAACUGAACAUGAAUCUCGAAUCUUUAACAAACGAUAAAAAUACACCUACAGCAUUUAUUAAUAUUAGUUCAUGUUCAUUUUAAGUUGUAAAUGUUAAUAUUAUUAAAUGGACCAGAGCUCAUAUGAAAUUAUGACAUACUAAGUCAUAACUUGAAAUUGUCAUAAAAAGUCAAAAUUAUAACAAAAUAAAUCUUAAGUAUGAGAUCAAAAAGUCAAAAUAUGACGAUUUACAAAAGUGUGAUUUUUUUCCUUAUAUGGUGAAAAUGGGCUUCUAUAUAAUCUUCUAUAUAAUCUUAGUUAAUGUUUAUUUAAACAUUUACUAAUACAUUAUAAAAAUCAAAAGUUGUCUGAUAUUAAUAUUAUUUAAUAGCUGACACUUUUUGAGCCAAAAUUUCAACUGUCAUAAUUUCAAUUUAUGUCAUAAUUAUUUCUUUUUUAGUCAUAAUUUUCACUUUUUCCUCUCAUAAUUAUGACUCUGAAUGUCAUCUCUGCUUUUUAACGGCAUAAUUUCAAUUUUUUAAGCCAAAAUUUCGACUUAGUAUCAAAAUGUCAUAAUUUCGAAUUUUUAAUGGCAUAAGUAUGACUUUUUAAGCUAAAAUUACGACAUAAUGUCAAAUUUAACUUUUUGUCAUAAUUUAGAAUUUUUAAGUCAUAAUUUCAAUUUUUCAUCUAAUAAUUUCAUCUAAAAAGUGAAAAACUUGAAAUUAUAACAAUAAAAUAUGAUUUUUUCCCUUAUAUGGUGAAAACGAGCUUCUAUAUAAUCUUAGUUAAUAAUAAUUUCAACAUUUACUGAUGGAUUAUUAAAAUCAAAAGUUGUCUGAUAUCUAUUAAUAUUGUUUAAUAGCUGACAUGAACUAAGUUAACUAACAUUAACAAAGAUCAAUAAAUGCUGAUACAGAUGUUUUGCUCAUUGUUAAUUAAUGGAACCGUACUGUAACGAGUUCCCAAAUGAUCUGGUUUUCCCUUUAAAUUCAGUGUGUUUUCCGACACUGGCAGGUUCUUGUUUUAAGCACAAACUCCUUCAUUUUGAUCAGUUUUUUUGGUAAAUGUAUCUUGAUUUACGAAUAUUUAGAUGUUUGUCGCUGAGGAGGAAGCCGGUGUUUUGCGGAGCAGAGACUCUGGGAUGUGAACAGACACAUCAGUGCCUCGUGUUUCUGAGUUCUCCGUGUGUUUUCUCUGGAUGUUUUCCACGAGCCUCCGGCUGUUUAUUUGUUCUUAUGGCUGAACUGAAGGAUUCUGUGAAACGUCGUCACUGAUAUCAGCGCCUCAGAUCGUGUUGACUGUACUGAGAUGUUUGAGCCAUCAGUAUCAGCAUUCAUAAUCAUCAAACGCCGACGCUGGAUCAUGGAAUGUGUGUGUGAUGGUAUCUGGGAUCAACGGCCUGAACAGACACAUUUCUCCAGGAUAGAUUACAUCCACAGUUUUUCUUCUUCUGCUCCUGACUGUAGAAUUCUGCCUUAAUGACUGUAUUGAUGAGUUCAGAACACACACACACACACACACACACACACACACACACACACACCUGAUCAUAUUCUGUACAGAUUCUCUGAUCCAACAGAACCAUGAGUAGAUGUGUGUAAACGCCACGCUUAAGAAAAUCCUGUGUGUCUGUGAGAGUGUGUGUGUGUGUGUGUGUGUUGGGUGUGUGUGUGUGUGUGUGUGUGUGUGUUGGGUGUGUCGUGUUCAUAUAGAGGAUAAUUACACAACGGUCUGUCUGAGAAUAGAAACACCACAAACUCGUCGUCUGAAUCCAGCCGCUCUCAGCUGACGCCCGAAACACUGGCGCUCUCCUCUUCAGAUCUUAUAGUGUCACACUGACCAGCACUGACCAGCACUGACCGCACGGACAUCUGCACACACUCACAUUCAUUCAUUUAGCAGACGCUGCAGUCCAAAGCGACUUACAGAAGAGCAGCAGAUCAAACAUGUUCACCUGCUGGAGCAGAAAACAGCUGGAAAACUCGAACCCGAAACCACAUCGACAGAGCAGAAGAUCAGAGACGCUUUCACCUGGAGAACACACUGAUCUGUGAUUAUUUCAUUGGCAGAUAUUUGUUCUUGUUUUAAGCACAAACUCAUUUUUAAGUAAUUUCUCUUCUCCAGUAAAUGUUUCUUGAUUUAAGAAUGUUUAGAUGUUUGUGCUGAAAACAAACAGAAACACUGAGGAAGAACAUGUGGAUCAGGAUGAUCAGCGUCUCAGCGGGUGUUUCAUCUCAGAGCCCCGAGCGAAAUCCUCCUGAAGGAUUCACACACACACACACACACACACACACACACUGACCUUUCCUCAGACGACGGCGGUUUCAUUAACACACACAGUCAGCAGGAAACCAGCUUUAAUUCUGUCUGCAUGAAAUAAAGUGUGUUUCCUGCGCCGUGAGACGCUUCACACAUCACGAGGCUUUCGGACUUUAUGAUGUUCUUCCUCAGUGUUUGAAGAACGUUCAGAUGUUUGUGCUGGAACACUGAGGAGAUGUCCUGAAGGAGAAAAACAUUCUUCAGUCGAUGACAUUAUAAGUCUCCAUUACAAGAGACUCAAGCAGCAAAAAUCCAAUAGAAAUGAAGCUCUCGGACAGGAAAUGGAGGAUCAGCGAACAGGAAGACGAGUUAAAGAUUCACUGAGUCAUUUCGAUUCAAAUCAUAAAUACUUAAAGUAUGUACUUGACUGAUGAUGGGACUGAUCAGACUGAACGUUGUGGCAAGGUUCUCUCAACGUUCUGAACAAACGUUCAAGGAACAUUAACAGAACAUUCAAAGUUAUCUGGUUUAAUGUUCUCAAAACACAAAAACAUUAUUUAUGCUGAAAAUGUUUCAGUUGGACGUUUUUUAAAUGUUUCAGAACGUUCAGAGAACAUUCAAAGGUAACGUUCCCACAAUGUUUGAAGAAUGAUACAAUGGAAUGUUCCCUUAACGUUCACAUAACCAAGAAACAACGUUUUAAAAUAUUAAAAAAAACAUUCAGAAAUAACGUUUUCAUAACUUAAUGGUAACGUUAGCAAAACAUUCUUAGAAUAUAUAUAUUUUUUCUAUAUAAUUUCUUGUUUUAUUUUGAUGUUGGGGUAAAAUCUGACCUGAUGCGAUGAUUGACAAACAUAAUAAAAAUAUAUGAGAAGAAA